UGCCGGGCUGCUGAAAGCCGUCGACCAACCGCUCGCCUCUGUUCUUCUUGUCCCGGUUCCCCGCGUGCCUCCAUCUUUCUGGAAAGUGCGAAGACGCGGCCGGCCCCGAAGUCCGGGCUCUUUGGCUGUUUUUGUUUCACUGUGGGCGACACGACUGCGGACAUUCGUACAGGAAUGUGGUUCGGGACAGAAAGGCACCGGGUGACCUUGUUCUGGGGUCUGCUGCUGCUGCUGUCCGUCUGCACGAGCCGCCUGUGGCCCGCACGCGCAGAGAUCUGUAGUCCAAGUAUCGACAUUGGCAAUGACAUCGCUGAGUUCAAGAGGCUGGAGAACUGUACAGUGGUGGAGGGCUACCUGCAGAUCUUGCUCAUCGGUGAUAAGACCAACAACAACAAUCAAGAGGUCUUCCGCACCCUCAGCUUCCCCAAGCUGACCAUGAUCACAGAUUACCUGCUUCUAUUCCGUGUCUCGGGCCUAGACAGCCUCAGCGUGCUCUUUCCCAACCUCGCAGUCAUCCGGGGACGCAAUCUCUUUUACAACUAUGCCCUGGUGAUAUUUGAGAUGACCAGCCUGAAAGACAUUGGCCUCUACAGCCUGCGUAACAUCACCAGAGGCGCCAUCCGCAUAGAGAAAAACCCAGAGCUGUGCUACCUGGACUCCAUUGACUGGUCACUCAUCAUGGAUGCCGAAUCUAACAACUUCAUUGCAGGGAAUAAACAAUCCAAGGAGUGUGCUGAUGUGUGUCCAGGUAUUAUGGAGGACAACCCUCAGUGCAUUAUGACCAGCUUCAAUGACAACUACAACUACCGCUGCUGGACUUCUAACCACUGCCAGAAAGUGUGCCCCAGCAAAUGUGAGCGAAGAGGUUGUUCGGUGUCAGGAGAGUGCUGCCACCCCCAGUGCCUGGGCAGUUGCACAGUGCCUGACAGCGACGCAGCCUGUGCCGCCUGCCUGCACUACUACCACGAGGGUCACUGUGUGCCAGACUGUCCCCAAGGCACCUACAAAUUUGAGGGGUGGCGCUGCAUAACCAUGGAGACCUGCUCAGAAGUACAUCUGCCCAACGACUUGGACAGGUUCGUCAUCCAUGCUGGCGAGUGCAUGCCAGACUGCCCCCCAGGAUUCACUCGCAACGAGAACCACAGCAUGUUCUGCAGCGCCUGCGAUGGCCUAUGCGACAAGAUCUGUGAGGAAAAGGUCAUCGACUCGGUGGAUGCAGCUCAGUCUCUUAAGGGCUGCACAGUCAUCAGAGGCAAUCUGCACAUCAAUAUCCGACGGGGCAAUAAUAUUGCAUCGGAGCUGGAGAGCUUCAUGGGCCUCAUCCAGACCGUGACGGGGUAUGUGCGGAUUCGGCACUCGCACACUCUCGGCUCACUGUCCUUCCUCAAGAGCCUGCAUUACAUCAAUGGCGAGGAGCUCCUGGAAGGGAUGUAUUCUUUUUCUGCGCUGGAUAACCAAAACCUUCAGUACCUCUGGGACUGGUCCCAACACAAUCUCACCAUUAAGGCUGGGAAGCUGUUUUUCCGCUUCAACCCCAAGCUGUGCGUGUCUGAAAUCCGCAGAAUGUGGGAGAAGACAGGCAUCACUGAGAAGUUUGAGGAAGGAGACUUUCGCAACAAUGGGGACAGAGCGAGCUGUGAGAGUCACAUUAUCAAGUUCAAGGCCAACAGCACAAGCAGUAACAGGAUCAAAUUGACCUGGGAGCGCUACCGUCCCCCUGAUUACAGGGACCUCAUCAGCUUCAUUGUGUAUUACAAAGAAGCACCCUUCCAGAAUAUCACAGAGUUUGAUGGUCAGGAUGGAUGUGGAUCCAACAGCUGGAACAUGGUGGAUGUGGAGCUACCAAAGGACAAAGACUCUGACCCUGGUGUUCUGCUCUCCCCGCUGAAACCUUGGACUCAGUAUGCCAUCUUUGUCAAGGCCAUAACCCUCGUUGUUGAAUACAAGCAUGUCUUUGGAGCCAAAAGUGAGGUGAUCUACAUACGCACAAAGCCCUCAGAACCCUCGAUGCCUUUGGAUGUUCGAUCCUACUCCAACUCUUCCUUAAAGUUGCUGGUUAAGUGGUCUCCUCCGCUCUACCCUAAUGGGAACCACACCUACUACCUGCUUCGUUGGCAGCAGCAGGCAGAGGACAAAGAGCUUUAUAAGCACAACUACUGCUCCAAAGAGCUGAAGAUCCCCAUCCGCAUCUCAGCCACAGGCGUAGGUGAUGUGGAGGAAGAGAGCAAACCCUCCAAACCAGAGGCUGGUACUGGGGAUGGUCCAUGCUGCCAGUGCCCCAAAACUGUGGAUGACCUGAGGGCUGAGGCGGAGGAUGCCUCGUACCGGAAGGUUUUUGAGAAUUUUCUGCACAACUCCAUCUUCACCCCCAGGCCCCCAGACCGGCGUCGUAGAGAUGUUUUUGGUGUGGCAAAUGCCACCCUGCCAUCUGCUGUGGGUGGGAACACCACAGAGCUGGAGGGCAACAGCACAGUCAUAGAACCUCUGGAUGUGGAAUAUCCAUUCGAGGAGGAGACAGUGAGUGGGAAGGAAUGGAUGGAGAUCUCCAACCUGCAGGCCUUCACGGUGUACCGCAUUGACAUCCACGCUUGCAACCGUGAGGUCAAGCGCUGCAGCGCAGCCGCUUUUGUGUUCUCCAGGACUAAACCGGCAGAUAAUGCAGAUGACAUCCCAGGGCCUGUAACCUGGCAUGGUGGUGAGCAGGGAGACGGCACAGUCUUCCUCAAGUGGGCCGAGCCCAUCAAACCAAAUGGGCUCAUUUUGAUGUAUGAGAUCAAGUAUCGACUGGCUUCAGAGCCUGAGAAGCACGAGUGCGUUUCCCGGCAGCACUAUAAAGAACACAAAGGAAACCGCCUGAGCAACUUGAGCCCUGGAAAUUAUUCGGUCCGGGUUCGAGCUACCUCAUUAACAGGGAACGGAUCCUGGACAGAGCCUGUGGCCUUCUAUGUGCUGCAACGCAAACCACCACAUGAGAACUUCCUCUAUGUCAUGAUUGUCGUUCCUAUUGUAGUAUUACUAAUCUUUUUCAGUCUGGUGACCGCCCUUAUUCUGAUUAACAAAAAAAGGAAUAGUGACCGGCUGGGAAAUGGAGUCCUAUAUGCUUCUGUCAACCCGGAGUACUUCAGCGCUGCUGAGAUGUAUGUACCUGACGAGUGGGAGGUGGCACGUGAAAAAAUCACCAUGUGCAGGGAGUUGGGCCAGGGCUCUUUUGGCAUGGUGUAUGAGGGCAUUGCAAAGGGUGUGGUCAAGGAUGAGCCAGAGACCCGUGUGGCAAUCAAGACUGUGAACGAGUCAGCCAGUAUGCGUGAACGAAUCGAGUUCCUGAAUGAAGCAUCAGUCAUGAAGGAGUUCAACUGCCAUCAUGUGGUGCGCCUGCUGGGAGUGGUUUCCCAGGGACAGCCCACCUUGGUCAUAAUGGAGCUGAUGACUCGUGGAGAUCUGAAGAGCCACCUUCGUUCGCUUCGAUCCAAAGAGAACUCAAAUGGGGACUCACUGCCACCUCUGAAGAAGAUGAUCCAGAUGGCAGGGGAGAUUGCUGAUGGCAUGGCCUACCUCAAUGCCAACAAGUUCGUCCACAGAGAUCUCGCCGCCAGGAACUGCAUGGUAGCUGAAGAUUUCACUGUGAAGAUUGGAGAUUUUGGAAUGACACGAGACAUUUAUGAGACGGAUUACUAUCGUAAAGGGGGCAAGGGUCUACUCCCUGUCCGCUGGAUGUCCCCAGAGUCUCUCAAAGACGGAGUAUUCACCACCAACUCUGACGUCUGGUCAUUUGGAGUGGUGCUGUGGGAGAUUGCCACACUGGCAGAACAGCCAUACCAGGGUAUGUCCAACGAGCAGGUGCUCCGCUUUGUCAUGGAGGGUGGUCUGCUAGACAAGCCAGAUAACUGUCCUGAUAUGCUGUUUGAGCUGAUGCGUAUGUGCUGGCAAUACCAUCCAAAGACACGGCCCUCCUUCCUGGAGAUCAUCAGCAGCAUCAAAGACGAGUUGGAGCCGCAUUUCAAAGAAGUGAGUUUCUACUACAGCGAGGAGAACAAACCGCCGGACACAGAGGGCCUGGACAUUGAGGCCCAGAACAUGGAGAAUGUUCCACUGGACCCCACCUCUAGUCGACAUCCCAUAAUCGCUCCAUCCCACGUCCCCACUCAUCCACCGGGGCCCCCAGAGCAGGGCCCUACAGGGCAGCUGGGGGGUGGUGGUUCUGCAGCGGUCCUUACCCUGGACAAGCACUCAGGACACUCGGCAGCCAAUGGGCCCGUGGUCCUCCUACGGCCGGCUUUCGAUGAAACUCAGCCUUAUGCACACAUGAAUGGGGGGCGCAAGAACGAGCGUGCCCUGCCCCUUCCCCAGUCAUCCUCCUGCUGAUCCAGUACGGAGCACACUCUGCUGGGCUGCCUGUCUCACAGGGCAAAUUGCGGGAAACACGGAAGCCUCCUUUUCAUGUCUCUCUGUGUAGUCCUUUGUCUUCCCUUCAAACAGAAAACUGAGGGGAGAUGGACCUUUAACACAAGACACUCAAUAUUCUGCUGUACCUCAGUGGAUUGUUUUUCAUCUUUUUUUUUUUAAAAAAAAUAUACUAUUAUUAUUGAUAAUAUCAAAUGACAAUUGAGAAACAAAAACCUGCUGUAGCAAAAUAUGGAGGUGGAGUGAAUGACUGAAAUUAUAGCAUUGAGUAUCUUUUCCUCCAGUCUGCAGAACUUUUUUGUAUAGUUUUUGUUACUUUUUAAAAUUCCAAAUGGAUUAAAAUUAGUUGGGGCCUAAUAGACUGCCUUUCAGAAAGGUAAUGGGGAAAGUCAUUAA